UUGCUGCGAAACGAAUGAAAGGCGCUCGCACACGGUUGAGGUUUUAGUAAUACCAAUAAUACCAAUUGUUUGUUUAUUUUUAUUAUCAUCAACUGCAAACGCCGAACAUGCCGACGAUCAUGUUGAUGUUCAAACCAGUCGAUAACUUGAACUCCUUUGGUCAGCAUUGCUAAUAGCGUUUUAGCUAUAUGAUGAGCCAAUGGAAAAAUUGCCGGUAAUUUCCAUGAUAGCAUCCUGAUGGAGAAUCCGAGUAAUGAUCGCAGGAUGUCAGAGCGGGGACAGCAAGAUAAGCUUAGGUUAUUGACCGACCAUCAAUCUGUCAACAGAAUAUUCCGCGGUUAACACUGAUAAACUUGGGGCGAACCAAGGGUAAUUAAGGAAACCUUGUCAGUACAUCGGGACAAAUAGAAUUAUUACAUAAACAUGAUACAAAUGUAACUCGACAGUAAGGAUGUUGAUACGGCAUGGUCGCUUGGUUAUUCGCGUAAAUAGGAAAUUGAUUUUUUCAAAUUUAUGUCAAUGCGACUUCUCACAAAACCGAUUGGUGAAUGACUUCUUAUCAAAAUAUCAAGAACCCCGUCCGUGAGAAUGUGCGUGCCAUAAGUGUGACUAUACGAGCGGUUAAACGUGCUUUUCCAUCGCAGUUUCUCCGUUAGCAACUAUUAAUGUUGUAGUUAAAUUGAUUGUGAAUCCGAGGUUUGAAGCAUUGUAGCAUCAAAAAUUCUUGAUAUGUGUUUUCGAACAGAAAAAAUAGCGAUUGUGUCGUAUUGAUUGAUCGCCAAUGCCGCUUAAAAACGUAUUCUUCGCUAAUUAUUGCUGAUGAAUUAGAAAAUUAAAAUGCGACCAACUUCCGACUGGGUUGGUGGUGGAAUUUCACAUUGUGGUGCACAAUGUUUCAUUUCCUAACUGUCGUGCCUUUUCCCAUUCCUAAAGUGUUAUACCCGAGUGGUAAUGCGUGUACCACUGCUAAUGUCAAUCAGAGCUCAACACUCAUUCAGUUACUCGAUUUCUAACCAAAGCCCGAUUCAAAAUUUUAUUGACACGAUGCGUGCAGAGAGCAGGACGUCAAUACAUCGACACGGCCCAUAUAAUCUAAAUUCACCAUCACUUUAGAUACAACGCGCGGUUGGUUACGGUUCCAGUCACGAUUGAUGUGUAAGAAGUGAUAAAGUGGUUUUUGAUUCAGGGGGCUUGAGAUCGAAAGAAACACAGCACGGCAACAUCUGGUUUGCUGCGUCAAUAAGAGGCGGAGAAUUUCUUCUUCUGUGAAAGAUUAACAGAUUCCUUUAUCUUUCUUUUAUACGAUUCUUCUUGAUGAGGCGAGGUCUACUACUCACUGGUACUACGUAGACCUUCUGACGGACAACAAAUUCGCCUGACCUUGAAAAUAAGGCCAAAACUAUCAGACUUCGGUUCGAGUUCAAGGGAAGUGAAUGGCCCGUAUUCAGUGAGCGUGAUUGAUCGUGCAAAUGAGAAGAGAUCCAUGCUUGAUUUUUCAAAUACCACAAUGUUGUAAAAAGAUGGAGGACAGCGAUGUCGGGUAGAGACGGAACCGCUAGUGCGCCAUCUAACGGCUCUCUCAUGUACGGCAGUGAUGAGGUCAUCAUUUGUUUAAAUUCCACGUGGAACGGAAGUGUGUUUCUCGAUUGCCUUCCUAAUAGAACGGAGGGAGACGGGUUAAAAAUCUAUUCGGAUUAUGAGAUUAUAUGGACGCCUGACGUCAUCCAGAGGGUCGCCAGUUUGUGCGUUAUCAUGGCCAUGACCAUUGUUGGUAAUACUCUAAUCUUGAUUGUCUUAAGUUGCAGUAAAUACAGGAAGAUAAAUAGUCGCGUCAAUAUAUUUAUAAUCAAUCUGGCAAUCGGUGAUCUAGCUGUUUGUGUCGUCACAAUGACGACAGAGAUAUUAUUUGUUGCGUUUGGGGAGGAAUGGCUGCUAGGGGCCGCUGGUUGUAAAUUGACAACAUAUGCUCAGAUUGUGACGCUUGCCAGUACGACGUUCAUUCUCGCAGCUAUGAGCUUUGAUAGGUACCUUGCUAUAUGCAAACCACUGUGUCUUGGUACGGGUAACUCCCGGGGGAAGAAAAUGAUCAUAGUGUCUUGGACUCUCGCCUUCAUCUUUGCCAUUCCACAACUUUUAAUUUUCGUGCAAGUCCAAGAUGGCGUCUGGAAAGAUGGCCGUCCUCAUUAUUCCUGCAAAAGCCGUGGCUAUACAGCCUUCUGGCAGCGUAAAAUAUACUUUACUUUCCUCGCUACUUAUAUCCUUAUUAUUCCGGCUAUUUUGAUUACGUUUUUCUAUGUGAAUAUUGUCCGUGUUGUUUGGCGGUCUGGCCGCGAGUUGUCCACAAGUAAAGGCUCCGGGACGACGAUACGAAAAUGUGUUGGCGACAAGCGCUCCAUCCCGCGAGCCCGGGUGAGAACUAUAAAAAUGACACUCAGUAUAAUCAUAACAUUCAUAGCAUGUUGGAGCCCGUAUUUUGUGACGCAUCUGAUACGGAUUUAUAGCGAAUACAAAUACAACGUCCCGAAAACUGUUCUAGCAUUUGUAGAGACCAUCGCCUUGCUCCAAAGUGCAUUAAAUCCAAUAUUAUACGGGUGUUUUAACAUCAAGCUGAAGCGUGGCCUACUGGAGGUGUUCUGCCCUGGUAAGGUCAGACAGCAACAUCAAAACGGCUUCAAUGCGAACUAUAGCUGCAGGAGUAUAGGCCUGACUGACUAUGCCUCCAUUAGCGAGGCACAUUAUCCAAACGAUAUGUACUGCUCCAAAAGGCUAAGUGAUAAGUGUAAGAAUGGAUCAGCGUCCUCUGAGAAAAAUCACAAACCCGAGCCACGUCUGAGGACAAAAAUCAUCGCAGAGACUAACAAGAAUGGAUUCCGGCUGCGGGUGCGGUUUCUCGGGCGGUUGAGUGACAGGCGGGCGAGUAGCGGUGAUCGGCGAGAGGGGCAUGGUAAAGCCGCGGUGAUCCCGGUGAAGCGGAUGACUCUGCCGACUAUCGUGGUUCAGAAGCCCGACUCGCGGAGCUCGUCCAGGGUGCAUGAGAGGGAAAGCGAACCUCAGUCCGCCACAUCGGGGAAAUCUGCUGUGCGGCCAUCCACUUCAAGUGUAUGAUUCAUAAGAGGCGUCUACUUUUUAGUUCAAAAAUGUCAAUUUACAUAACUUGUCAGUCUUCUGGUGAGGAGAUCAACUUCAAAAAUAUUCAUUGAUAUACAUGUACAUAUAUAUAUAAAAUAAAAGCCCCUGCCCGAAAACAAGUCCACAUACAAAAUUGUCGGAAACCAAAAAAGAUUUCAGAACGGGUUGCCUUUUCUUAGAAUUUUUCAAAUUAAAAUGUUUUCCUUAUUGAUGUGAAAUGCAUGUAU